CUUGUCGUAUGGUUGUUUCAAAUUCUUCCUUUAGAGAAAAUGAAYAGCCAAUAUAUGCGUCAUGAAGUGCGGGGCUGUGAGACCAGYGACCUGAGGAACUUCUGGGAAAAGACCAUUGAACAACAAACUCAGUAUGUGGAAAAUGAAAAAGAACGUCAGCGAAGAAGUGCUCUGACAAAGCUCAGAAAUGAAUGGAUGGAGAGGCUGGAAAAACGGAUAAAGAUGUUGAGGACCCAACCUGAAGACCCAUCCAGCUGAAGAGUCCACACUCACUACGAGUUUGAGGGGAUAAGAAAUUUGUUUUCUAGGAGAGCUUAAUGCAAAGGCUGAAGUCAAUUUCACUUUGUAGCUUAAAUGAGCUGUAAUUAAUUAGCUGCYAUUGUUAGAAGUUUAAUAUGUGAAAUGUCAAUUGUUGCUUUUAAGAUUAUGCAUCCGUUCCUUCAUUUGAUAAAUG